AGCCGCCCGACACACCCACCUGAUUCCGAGUGGCUGACCCCCUACCCCGCUCUGUGCCGCCAUGGCGCUCGGGGAGCCUGUCCUGUACAGCGUGUACAUCUACGCCCCGAACCAUGGCGCGCCGAUCUUCUUCGCUAUCGCCUUCGCCCUGUCAGCCAUUUUCCAUAUUUGGCAGUGCUACCGCUACAAAGCGUGGAAAUUGAUUGGCCUCCACCCCCUCUGCGCCGUCUUCUUCACGGCUGGGUACGCGCUCCGGGCCUAUGGAUCACACCAUUACCUGUACCUCCCCACCGACGGGUCGCCGCUGCUCGCCUUCAUUCUGAGCCAGGUCUUUAUCUUCAUCUGCCCACCGCUCCUAGAACUGGCAAACUACCAUGUCCUGGGCCGCAUAUUCUACUACGUUCCAUACUUGGCACCCAUCAGUCCCGGCCGGGUUCUGGCCAUCUUUGGCGGGCUGAUGGCUGUCGUGGAGCUGCUCAACGCCCUCGGCGUCGCGCUGGGGGCCAACCCAACCGCCACCAGCGGCCAGCAGCCCAUUGGCCAGGGUCUCAUCCUCGCCGCCGUGUCGAUCCAGAUCGGGCUCGUUGUCGUCUUCGUCUCGGCUACUGUCAUCUUCCACAGGCGCUGCAUCCGCUCCGACAGCCUGCCGUCGCGGUCCCGCGCCAUCAAGGUCCUCCUACCCACGCUCUACGUCAGCAUGGCGCUCAUCUUCAUCCGCUGCAUCUACCGCCUCGUCGAGCACACGGCUCCAACAAAGGUCAAGAUCGGCAAUUUGGAGGCGCUCCGCGACCUCAGCCCGAUCCUUCGAUACGAGGUCUACUUUUACGUCUUUGAGGCCACCCUCAUGCUCCUCAACUCGGUCAUCUGGAACGUCUGGCACCCGGGCAGGUUUCUGCCCCACUCGCACCGCGUCCAUCUCGCCCGCGAUGGGGCCGAGGUGGAGCGCGAGAGGGUGAUAGACGGCCGGCCGACCUGGGCCAAGGUCGCCCACGUCCUGGCCUUUGGCCUCCUGUUUGGCCGCAAGAAGCAGGCGGGCGGGGCCUUUCAGGAGCUCUCCAAGCUUCCGAACCAAAGCAACGUCGCGCGCCCCCGCACAGGGUUCAGGGCUCCCAUCAGCUCCGCCCCCGCGUCUUCCUAACCCGCCCACUCCAUUGCAUGCUUCGCGCCCGGGGAGCGU